AUGCCACAUCCAGAGUACGACUUUAAUCUGGUUAUUCAGAAGUUUGAUGAACACUUUGUCCCGAAGAGAAACGUCAUCCACGAUCGCGCCUGUUUUCAUAAGCGGAGCCAAAGGGCCGGUGAGGCAGUCGAAGCUUUCGUGCGGAGCCUGUACGAGCUUGCACAGCAUUGUGAGUUCGGUGCGGGGAAGGACGAGCAGAUCCGGGACCGGAUUGUUAUUGGAAUAAUGGACAAAGAGGUUUCUCAAAAACUCCAGUUAGAGGCGGACCUGACACUGGAGCGAGCCAUUCAACUUGCACGUCAAAGUGAACAGGUGAAACAACAAAGUGCAGAGCGUGUGGAAAUUACAGUGAAUGAGGAAGCGGUCCCAUACAGCGUCAACACGCCACGCAGGGUUCCGUUUCCGCUCCUCCCUAAAGUGGAGAAAGAGCUAAAGCGCAUGCUAACUCUCAAUAUCAUUGAGGUGGUUACAGAGCCGACAGACUGGUGUGCCCCAAUGGUGCCUGCUCCAAAACGCAACAAGGACGAGCCUGACCCCUGCUUGGCCCUUAUGGGUUAUCGCUCUACACCGAUCGCAGCUACGGGUGCAAGUCCGGCACAGCUCAUGACUGGUAGACAAAUCCGUACCACUGUUCCUGUCCUGGAAGAGGCGUUGCUGCCACGUCCAUUCAACCCGGACCAUGUUUACAUGAAGGACGCAAUGGCUAAGGGUUCGUACAGUCUGAUGGUGUCUGUGGGGUGUCCCGCUCCUUUGCUGGUGGAGGCCUCAGUCCUGGACUCCUGGUCCUGUGUCGGGUCUGGGGGGUUCGGAAAGGUCUACAGAGUCCGACACAAGAGACUCUGCUGCGAAGUGGCCAUCAAACUACUGCACUGUGACGACGAUGGGUCCCUACUGCUGCGGGAGAUGGACCUGAUGCGUCAGAGCAACAGUCCUCAUGUGAUCCAGGUGCUGGGUGUGUUCAGAGGAGUGCCCCCUGCUGGUCAGAGUGUGCGCCUCGGCCUCGUCAUGGAGUUCAUGGAGAGAGGCUGUCUGGCCACGCUGCAGGAGCAGCUAGGGGGCGCUCCUCCCUGGGCCUUGGUCUUCAGACUGGCUCAUCACGUGGCUCUGGGCAUUAACUUCCUCCACAGCCUGAAGCCUCCGCUGCUGCACCUGGACCUGAAGCCCAGCAACGUGCUCCUGGACGGGUCCCUCAAAGCCAAGCUCACAGAUUUCGGUUUGGCCAAAGUGUACGUGUCGACCCGCGGCUCCGGGGACGACGCUGCUGAGGAGGGGACUCUGAAGUAUCUGCCCCCGGAGGCUUUCCAGCUCAACUACAAACCCUCGCAGAGCUCCGACAUCUACAGUUUGGGGAUCCUGCUCUGGUCCAUUGUCAGCUGGAGGCAGCCGUUUCCACAUGCCCUGUCCUCCAUCGUGCGCCUGCGGAUCCCUCUGGGCGACCGUCCGUCUCUGGAGCAGAUCCUGAAGCUGGAGGUGUCUGGACUCUCGGCUCUCACAGACCUGAUGCAGAAGUGCUGGAGUCCCAGACCCACGGAGAGACCGGACUCUCAGGCCUGUUCCCUGCUGACAGAGGAGUUGUUCUCUUUACACCGACACCAGGUCCACUCAGCCGUCCACAUGGUCCUGCAGAUACUGGACCAGGAUCUGAACUCAGCCUCAGAGCGACUUCAGAACAUUCACAUUCAUAGACCAGUCAAAGAGGAGAACAGUUUCCGUGACGCUCCGACAGGGAAAGGCCCAGUGCAGCGUAGAGUAAGUCCAGUUCGCGAAGAGUACAGUUCAAGCGAGUCGAGUAGCUGUCCAGACGCGUCGCGUCCCAGUCCCGUGCGGUCGACGUCCGAGCUGAUAGCUAGCGGAGGGUCGGUACGCGCUUCGGACUCCGACGGUCCGGAUUCCUACGUACCAACGUCCCGGCUCGAGUCGGGUCGAGUGGACGCUAGCGGCUUACGUAGCGCUGAGUACGCCGUACGUCGAGUCGACGUCAGCGUAGAUUCUCGGUCGGUACUGGAAAAGUCUUUGCCGCUGAGCGAAAGUGCCAAAUUGUCUUCAUCAGUGAAACCGAUCGGCGAGAGCACACACCACCCCUCCUCUUCCCGCGCCGCCUCCUCAACAGCCACCUCCUCCACCUCCCGCGACACCUCCUCAAAAGCCUCCUCCUCCCGCGCCGCCUCCUCCUCCUCAUCAGCCAAACCUAAGGGCCCUCCCCCUUCUCUCUCCUCACCCAAAGCCCAGUAUCAGCGUCAGCUCUCCAACCCUCAGUCUGCGUCACAGCGCCCCCUGCCGUACCUGAACAUCACCUGCAGCCAUGUGACCGGGCUGCAAUGCGGCAACAACAACGUGAUGAACAUCCAGGGUUUGGAGCGCAGACGCCACCCCAGUGCGCCCUCUAGAGUCGACACCAGGAAACUGCACAAGGACAAACCCACACUCUGA